UGCGCCACCAGGGAAGCCCUAUCUUUCUGUUUUUGAUUUCUAAUUUAAUUCCAUUGUGGUCUGAGAGUACACUGUAUUAUUUCUGUUUUGAAUUUGUUAAAGUGCGUUUUACACCCCAGAAUGUAGUCUAUCUUGGUGAGUGUUCCAUGUGAGGUUGAGAAAAAUGUAUACUCUGCAAUGCUGGAUGAAGUAAUCUAUAGACGUCAACAGAUCCAAUUGACUGGUGGUGCAGUUCAGUUCAACUACAUCCUUAGCUGAUGUUCUGCCUGCUGGAUCUGUCCAUUUCUGAUAGAGAGGUGUUGGAGUCGCCAGCUAUGUAGAGGACUGGUUUAUUUCUCCUUUCAAUUCUAUCCAUCUUUGCCACACAAAUUUUGACUCUCUGUUGUUAGGUUCAUCCACAUUAAAGAUUGUUAUCGCUUCUUGGGGAAUCGACCCAUCAUUAUGUAAUGCCCCUCUUUAUUCCUGAUCAUUUUCUUUGUCUUGGCUCUACAGCCGGAAGGCUGGCGCUCGUCGCUGCGGACUCGUUCGUGAAGGGGACGCGCAGUUCCUGUUUGUGUGAGGUUGCUUUAGGUGACCUGCUGUUAUCUGCGGAGGAACAGCCAGGAACGGGUCAUAAAAUGUCGUGAAUCACUGUCAGAAUUUUGGGCCUUAGCCGGGUCCACAUCCUCUCCCGCAGUGGCUUUUCGCCUUGGUGCACAGUCUACGGGAUGAAACUGUUCGCGUUUCCUCCAAGCUCCUCACGUUCUGCAGUUUGGCCACAGAGUUUAAGCUCUUUUCACCCUUGGCAGGCAAUUUGCAAGUGACCUUGUCGUUGUCAAAGCCUCGCCUAGCGCUUCAGCGCCUCCCGGAGCUCUGGCGGACUCGGUGGCCCGAGUCCCAGGAGCUGGGGCUCCAAGCGGGGACACAGGCGUGAGACUGGAGGGCGACGGACAACUCGGUCUCCCGGCAGUCCCGCCGCUUGCGCCCAUCGCGGCCGUUAAGGAUGUUGAUUCGUUACCAAACGGCCAUCUAGAAAGACAGUCAUGAUUUAAACUUCCAUCAGAGAUCAUUCAAUUACCGCGGGAGAAGCUUUGGAUCUUACCUUGGAUUGCUCGAUUAUGUCUAUGCAAAGGGCAGGUGGAUCUUGGUGAAUAACAGUGAAUUAUCAACUUACUUAGAUGGUCACUCCAACUUAGCUGCUCUUCAAGAUGUCAUUUCUUUGUUGGAGCAAAGCAACACAUUCUUUGGCGCCUGGGCAUCGCGCCUCCCCACUGGGCGGAAGAGAAGAGGAGGAGGCCGUGGUGGGAGCAGGGUUCCAGGGAGACGCCCUGCCUGGUUGCGAGUUGGACCAGGUGGGUGAGCGCGGCCUCAGCUCGGGGCAGCCCUCCUCUGGUCCCCGGGCGUUGGUUCCGGAGGCGAUGCUUCUGGAAGCCGUGGAGACGGGGGUCCGCGUUUCUAUCCCCCGGGUCGGAAGGCCGCCCUCCCUGCUCACGUGUCCCGGCUGCUCGCACAGCUGCGGUUCCUGCUUUGGCCGCACCUGCAGCUGCUCGCUUGGAGCGCCGCCCGCCCCCGCAUCGUCUCCUGCCUCCGCAUCCUCUCCUGUCCCCGCAUCCUCUCCUGCCCCCGCAUCCUCUCCUGCCCCCGCAUGCUCUCCUGCCCCCGCAUUCUCUCCUGCCCCCGCAUCCUCUCCUCCCGCUCCACGGAGCUCGUGGUCUCCAUCGUCCAUCUCAAGUGUAGUGAGCGCGGCUCACGUUUUAUCUCUGCCUCGGCUGCUCACCACGUGAGUGAGGAGUGUCAUCCCUCUGUCUUGGCUUUCAGCUUCAUUCAGGUUCCUCCGGCAAACCUCGAUUUCUUCCUGUCGAUUUGGACUUGAACUUCCUGAAGAAGCUCCCAGUGGAGGCGAUCAUGGCUUUUGCCGCUGGCGGAGGCUGGGGUCUCACCUCAGGGCAGAAUGUCUGGGUCUGGCACCUGUCGGGCUGCCCCUGUGGGCGAAGUUCCCUUUGGACAGAGCCGGGGCUCCACUCCCUACUGACCCUGCAGGUAGACGGGUGGACUGGGGACAGGUGGGGGCUGUGCUGGGCUUGGGUUCCGCACAGGUACUCUCCGCAGGGCGGGGUCCGGAGGCCCCCGUGGGCUGCACUUGGAUUCCUGGUGCAGGCGGGGCCGGGUUAGACUGUGGCCGAAGCCGAAGCCAAGGGGGCCCCGGACCCGCACGGUUAGGCUGCCUUGGCCGUUCCGCACGGAGGCUGGCCGAGGCUGGCGCUCUCCCAGCGCGGGGGAUUCCUGCUCUGAUUUGUGCCGGUGGAGAGAGCGCUGGGGGUGGGCGGCAGCGGCAGUCUUCUUCCCCUGCCGCUCGCUGGCUGUGCUGUGGCCUCCGCCCUGCGCCCUGAUCCUCCGCCACAUCUGCGUUCCUCCCCGGCGGAGAGUUCUCAGAGCAGCAGUUAGAGGUGGGAGUGUGCUGCUUGCAGCUGGCGGGGACCCUGUGCCGUUCCUGGGGGCGGGGAAGGAGUGCUGCGGUUAGAUCCGCUGAAGGCUGAGGCUUCAGGGUGACCCGGUAGCCCUCUGGCUCAGAUCUCUUAUAACCCAGGAGCAGAUAUUGGAACAUUACCUUGUCUUUCCGGCCUGUCAGUGAGUCCUGGAUCUCUGUCUCCACGUGUAACCAUGGACGCCAUGAAUUCAGUCUGCUGGGGGUUUCUGGUAGUCAGAGAGCGGCUCCAUGUAGAGCUUUAGUUCCUCAUAUCCAUGACCCACAGUAAUCCACGGAUCCUUCAUGAUUUGCUCUUACUUCUUACUGAGAAUCAGAGAUUUCUUAAACAGAUUUUCAUUCCAUAAAUAUGCAGAAGAGAACAUAAUAUAUUCUGUCCUAGUACCCCUCUGGCAGUCCUUGAAGUUCUGUCCAUCAAGAGGCAGGAAUCCAUCGGCCAGUGUCGACAGAAUGAUUUCCUGUGCUUCUUCCCUGGAAGAGUUCCGGGCAGCCUGAGGGAGACCACCCCAGAAGGUGUCCAGCUUGUUGUAAAAGGUGCAUUUGUUGCUGAAGCCAAAUUGUGAUGUUCACACCCAAGAGCAGGUUUUCUGCCUUUAAAUCUCUGUGGACAAUACCCUCCUGGUGGACUCUGCUCUCAGCUGCUUUG